AACCCAAGAAACUAUUUGGGAAUAUGAUAACGAUUAAAUAUACCUGUAACACACUCCUCUCGAAAGAGAAAUUAAUACCAAAAUAAUUUAACAUAUAUAAUACGUGGACCCCAUGCAUGGAUUCCGCAUGUCAAGAAAAGUGCACCUCUGUACUGCUGUAAAGAAACACUUUCAAUAAUCCAAUUUCUCAUAAACACUUAGUAACUACAAGAAAAAACGACAAUAGGAAAGUGUAUUAAAAUUCUCAUGUUUUUGGCCUAUUUUGUUCACUUAAAAAGUGACUUAAAAUAAUCUUUCAGGGGACGCGAAAGAUAUGCCACACCUAUUUAGUCGAGUUUCCAACAAGACUCCACGUAAUCAAAAACUAAAGCAAAAGCUUUUCUUCUACUUCUUUCUUUUUCUUUGAAUAACUCUUUUUGAGAGCAUCAACCAACCUCAGAAACUAUCCAUAUAUAGCCUAUAUAUACAUAGAUCCAUUUAUUUGUGCUGCUCAUUCUAUGUUGGGUAGUUGAGCUUAUUGUGGGUUGUGGGUUGUGGGUUAUUAUGACUACGAGUGGGAGAGGUGUUAGAGACUUAUUAGGUCCUCUUAUUGUUGCUAACUUGGUAGUUCAUCUAAUUGUGCUUGGACUCGCUGGAUGGUCUCUUGACAAAUACAUCGAUGGAGAGGAAAACCAUCCCCAUUUAGGUGGGAAUCCAUCAACUAGAUUCAUGUUGGUGUUUGCUCUGGUAGGUGGGGUAGUGGGUGCUUGCUCUCUCAUUUCAGGGCUCAUCCAUCUGCGUACUUGGCGUAGUGACAGUUUGGCUGCUGCUUCUUCCUUAGCUCUCAUCGCUUGGGCUCUAACAGCUCUUGCUUUUGGACUUGUGUGUAAGGAAAUGAUACUAGGAGGACGCAGAGGAAAGCGCUUGCAAACAUUGGAGGCUUUCAUAGUGAUAUCACUCCUGAGUCAGAUACUUUAUGUGGUGCUUCUCCACGGUGGGGUGUACAGUAGUACUUAUGGUCCAGGGUAUCGCAAUGACCCCCAGAAACCUGCCACAUCAGCUGAUAUUUGAUGCUUUUUUCGUUGUAUGUUUUUAUAUAUGUUGUUAGAAGAAAACUAUAUACUGUUAUAUGUUAUAUCGCAUACAUAUACAUUUUGCUUAGUACGAGUAUAUGGCAGAGGAACAAACCAACUGUACAAGUUUUGCAUGCUUAAAAAUAGUCCCAAGAAUAUUAUUAUGAUUGCAUAC